AUGUCCCAUCCCGAAGCGACCCGUGCGGAGUCUUUGGACGAGCAAGAACAUAGGGGGGGAGCUGACGAUAAGAAGUCUAAGAACAGGAGACCAGCAAAUACUGCGUUCAGACAGCAGCGCUUGAAAGCCUGGCAACCAAUAUUGACCCCAAAGAGCGUACUGCCUCUUUUUUUUGUUAUCGGUGUGAUAUUCGCCCCCAUUGGUGGUCUCCUGCUAUGGGCAAGUUCACAGGUACAAGAGAUUGUCAUAGACUAUUCUGAAUGUGCCGAGAAGGCGCCCACCUAUGCAGCCUCUAUUUCAGACCAAGUUAAAUCUUCGUUCAAAUCAUCAGGCGAUAAUUCCAUUCCAACGUGGCAAAGAUUGAAUGAGAGCGGAACUACAGUCUGUCGAUUGACGUUUGAGAUUCCGGAUACCUUGGAGCCGCCUGUGCUUCUAUAUUAUCGCUUAACGAACUUCUAUCAGAACCAUCGGAGAUACGUUAAGUCCAUGGACACAGAUCAGUUGAAAGGAAAAGCAGUUGACAACAACACCAUAAAUGGUGGCUCUUGUGACCCCCUCAAACUUGACCCCUCAACUGGCAAAGCAUAUUAUCCAUGCGGCCUUAUAGCCAAUUCUCAAUUUAACGAUACCAUCCGCAGCCCAAAGCUUAUUAACAAUGGUGUGACUGCUGAGACCUACAACAUGACUAAUAAAGGCAUUGCUUGGGACAGUGACAAGCAGCUCAUCAAGAAGACUCAGUAUAAUAAAUGGCAGGUGGUUCCUCCGCCUAAUUGGCACGAUCGAUACCCUAACGGUUAUGUCGACGGUAUACCUAAUCUUCACGAAGACGAAGAGUUUAUGGUAUGGAUGAGAACUGCUGCGCUGCCGGCUUUCAGUAAGCUAUCCCGCAGAAACGACACAACGGCAAUGACUGCAGGAAUCUAUCAAUUGGACAUUGAAGACCGCUUCCCUGUCACCGAGUACGGAGGUACUAAAUCGAUACUCAUAUCAACACGGACUGUGAUGGGCGGGCAAAACCCAUUCAUGGGUAUUGCCUACGUCGUUGUAGGUGGACUAUGCAUUGUUCUCGGGGCAUUAUUUACCAUUGCACAUCUUGUUCGGCCGAGGAAACUUGGCGACCACACUUACUUGACCUGGAACAAUGAGCAGGAGAGCUCGGCUGUGGCAACCGGGCGGGAUGGCAGAUUUGGUUCUCAUGCUACUUAA